UGUAACAUUACUGUAGUUUGAUCAUUUGGCUUCAUUGCGGACAGCAGCGGAGAACGGGAUCUUCCUCCAUUAUGGAUGUGGUUAAGCCAAGCGUCCAGAUUUUCGAGCAGCCCAGGCAGAGGGGCAUGCGCUUCAGGUACAAGUGCGAGGGCCGCUCUGCAGGCAGCAUACCAGGAGACAAGAGCUCUGACAACAACAGGACGUACCCAAGCAUCCAGAUCCUGAACAACUGCGGCAGGGGCAGGGUGCGAGUGUCCCUGGUGACCAAGAUGGAGCCUUAUCGGCCGCACCCCCACGACCUGGUGGGCAAGGACUGCCGAGACGGCUACUACGAGGUGGAGUUCGGGCCGGAGCGCAGAGUCAUCGCUUUCCAGAACCUGGGCAUCCAGUGUGUGAGACGGCGAGAGGUGAAGGAUGCCAUUCUGCAGCGCAUGCAACGCGGCAUCAACCCCUUUCAUGUUCCUAAGGAGCAGCUUCUCCAGACAGAGGAGUACGACCUGAAUGUGGUGCGGCUGUGCUUCCAGGUCUUCCUGCAGGACGCAGACGGCCAGUACAGCAUCUACCUGAACCCCAUCGUCUCCAACCCCAUCUACGACAACAGAGCGCCCAACACUGCCGAGCUGCGCAUCUGCCGUGUGAACAAGAACAGCGGCAGCGUCAAGGGCAAUGACGAGAUCUUCCUGCUCUGUGACAAAGUCCAAAAAGACGACAUAGAGGUGCGCUUCUUCAGCCAGAACUGGGAGGCCAAGGGCAGCUUCUCCCAGGCCGACGUGCACCGGCAGGUGGCCAUCGUGUUCCGCACGCCGCCGUACCACAAUACGUCCAUCACUUCGCCCGUCUCCGUGCGCAUGCAGCUGCGCCGCCCCACCGACCAGGAAGUCAGCGAGCCCAUGGAGUUCCGCUACCUGCCUGACGACAAAGAUCCUUAUGGAUUCCAGGAGAAGAAGCGGCGAAGAAGCGACCUGAUGAAAACAUUCACUGAUUUUUCAAGUGGGCUAAAUCCAAUGAACCGACUCAAGGCUAUCCCACAGAGCACCAUGGUGUCACAGUUCAUCAAGAAAGAGCCUCCAAAUUCCUACCCCAACCACAUCAGCAGCGGUUGUCUGCCAAGGCAAAACCAGGCCAACACCUUCUCCACCUACCAGGCCUAUCGCCACAUGAUGCCAGUGCACUCUCAGACCCUCCAAUCAUCAACCAUGCCAGCCAACCCCACCUGGGGCCAACCCCCAGCCAACCCCAACCCCAACCUCAGCCUGGAUAGUCUUCGCAUGAACACCUCUGCACCCACCAUGCAGAGUCUUAGCCACAACAACAACGGGGCUGGUAGCAUGCAACAGCAACACCAACUCCAACAGCAGCAGCAGCAGAUGCAGCACUCCAACACUGCCUAUGCUGGCGGGGCUGUCGACAGCAGCAGCAGCAGCGGCGGUUCUGGUGGUGGUGGUGGCAACAACAACAGCCUUCCUCAUCUCACCCCAGGAGACCUGGAGUUCCUCAACACCGAGGCGUCCGCUCAAGUGGCCGCCAUGGGUCAAAUGCGGCAGAUGCAGGAGCACCAGGUUCAGUUCGGCGGUAGCAGGAAGGCGGCGGUGGUGGGGUCUGACCCCGUGAUGAUGCAGUCCCACUGGGGCGGCCACCAACAGCAGUGCUCCUCCUCCUCCUCCUCCUCCACCUCCACCUCCAACGCUGCCCCCUCCUGCGCCGUCUCCUCUUCCUCUUCCUCCUCCACUGCUGCCAUGAACGGGGGCAUGGGCUACAGCUACCUGGAGAACAUGUCCACUGAUAGCGGGGAGUUCUUACAAAGCUUGCUACAGGGCUCAGUUGCGGUCGGCUCCGCCAUGCCCAAACAGGAGCAGCAGUGUCAGAUGAUGGCUCAGCAGAUCAACCAGGCGGCCGGCGUCACCUCAGAGUGCCACCAGCAGCAGCAGCAGCAGCAGCAGCAGCAGCAGCAGUCCUACACCACACUGCUGUCCUGCCCGGCUAACAAUGGGGCCGGCCAUGAAGCCAUGAGGCAGACCGUGGGCAAGGCGACCAAUUGGCCUGGCACCAUUGACCAGGAAGCCUUGGAUAUGAUGUACUACCAAGAGUAACGCAGCUGGUAGGGAAAGGGUCAGGAGAAGGCUUUCUGGCCGACGAGAUGAUUGUUUCCAUGGAAAUAAUAGUGCAAAAUGCAAGUCAUUAUUUCCAUGGAACUGGUCACCUCGCAAGUAGUGACCUAUAAGAGUUCUGUUGCCAUAGCAUCAACGUAUUGGGAAAAAAAGUUCCAUUGCCUUUCUAAUGCUGUUGUUCAGUGGGAGGUCUCUUGCCACAUUGAGAUUGUAGGUGUGAUAAUGGGAAGUUAUCUUACACUGUAUGUAUAUAGAAAUAUCUUUGGCGGUUCUGUGGGCUGGUGUAACCCUCCUUUGGUACUUGUGUGAAUGAAUGAAUGAAUGAAUGAAUGAAUGAAUGAAUGAAUGCAUGAAUGAAUGAAUGAAUGAAUGAAUGAGUAUAUGGAGGUGCUUCUUCUGGUGCUGUGUCUUGUUGUUGUACAUGUUUGCAUUGUCAGUGGGAGUUGCAACAAAGGGUUAACUCCCAAUUUUGAUUGCUGUGUGGAUGUAGAUAGAAUACAUACACAUUGUGUAGACCUUUUUUUUAACCUCUGUUAAGAAACGAAAUGUUGUAAAACUGUCAAGGGUGACAAGAUCAUUUUGUUCGGUGACAGGACAUUUUUUUAAGUAAUGACUAUGUCAUACCAAAAAAAGCAUGUUAUACACAGAGUUCUCAAGGUGACGAAAUGCCAUAAGCAUUGCGUAAUGUACAUGGCUCAAUAAUGUAAAUGUGUAAUGGCAUGGUCAGACUUUGAAUCCUAAUUGGAAUCAUCACUGAACAGUAAAACAGCAGGAUGUCUAGUCUGACACUCAGCUGUGACCAUGUUGAUGAGUUACCAAAAUGGCCUCAAUGACCUUUUUGCUGUAUGUGACACUUUUUAUGGCACUGGCUUUGAACUAUUUUUCAGUCUUUUAUAUGCAAUUUUGUUUGUGUACGUUGCUUUUUUAAACAAAUGAAAUCAAAAUGUUGACUGUUUCAUAUGGUUCUUAUUA